AUGGAGUCCGAGCAGAAGCCGCUGGAGGAUGCGAUUAAAGCGAACGGGGACGGUGCUGCUGAGGAGUGUGGCAAGCAGGGUGACAAUGACGAGGGUACUCGAACGAGGGAAGAUAUAGCUAAGGGAAGUAAGGUUGAAGCGGAGGGGCAAGGGGAACGAAAGGAAACGGGGGAAGGAGAGAAGGAGGUUGGAGAAGACGGGACGGAAGGCUCGGAAGGGAAGGUCUUACCUGGGGGAGGCUCCAACUUGCAAGAGGAUGGGUCAAUGAAGUCGGAGGUUGAAGCGGCGAAGCGAGGGGGUGAUAAUGCGGCUGCAAUGGAGGUGGAUACUGAAACGAAGGUGACUGAAGGAGGAAUGACUGAAGCAGGAGUGUCUGAAGGGGGGAUGACUGAAGCAUCGGUGUCCAGCGUAGAGGGUAUAGGGAGGGAACAGGGUUUGGAGUCAGAGGGGGUAGGGGAGGGCAAGAACUCUACUAGAGACGAAAACGGGAGGCAAGAAGGUGUUAGGGGAGGGAAAGGGGCGAGAGAAGCGGGUGCGCGGGGAGAGGGAUGUGGGGAUGGGGAGGAGGAAGGGAAGGGUGGUGAGAAGAAGGGAGGCAAUGAGGAGAUGGAGGGAGAGGGGGGAAGGAAAGGGGAUGGGGACAUGAAAGUUGAGAAGGGUGAGGGGAAAGAUGAGGAGAAGGGCGAAGGAAAGGGUGAGGUUUGCAGUGACGCUGCCAAGGAGGCGUGUAACGAGGGUCCAGGGGACACCGCUGAUGUAACUAUGGCGAAUGGAUCAGUCGAGGAUGGAAAGGAGAGAGGGGUGAAGGGCGAAAGGGAGAAAGAGCUGGAGGGGGAAGGAGCAGGAGGGCAGGUGGAAAUGCCGGUCCAGGGGGAUGGGAGGAUGGAGAAGCAGGAGCACACGGGAGGGAAGAUGGAGGAGGAGGAGAAGGAGGGGAGAAAGGGGGAAGAGGAGAGGGAAGGGCGGAGAAUUGAAGAAGCAGAGCAGCAGCAGGAGAAGGCCCCUGCUCCACCAGUUCUUUCCCCAGUGGCAGCAGAGCAGCAGGGAAAGGAAGCCCAGCCGCCCCUGGCAGCGGAGCAGCAGCUGAUGGACCUUCGCCUGCUGGCGCUGCAGAACGCUGUGCUGCCCGCGCAUGGGGAGGGAGGGCGUGCUGAGGAGAAUGUGGCAGUGCCAGCCGUGGCAGCAGAGCCAGCAGAGCAGCAGCAGCAGCUGCAGCAGCAGCCGCAUGAGGGGAUAGAAACAGAGGUUCCAGCAGCAGCAGCAGAUGCAACAGCAGGCGCAGCAGAACAGCAGCAGCAGCAUGAGGCGAUGGAAGCAGCAGCAGAAGCAGCAGAGCAGCAGCAGCAGCAUGAGAUGAUGGACAUGCGUCUGCUGGCAAUGCAGAACGUGGUGCUGGUACAGGCAGCGAACGAAGAAGAGGAGAUAGACGUGCUAGAAGUAGACGAGGAGGAGGAGGAGCAGCUUAAGAAGCAGAUGGGCGUGGGGGAGGGCGGCCCUGUGGAAUACAUGGUGCUUGGGGGAGCGGGGGAAGGCCCGGAUGGGGGAGUUGGGGGGGUGUUGGGGGCAGGAGGUGAAGCGGGGGUGAUGGGGGAUGGGGUGGGGGGAGAGGGGCAGGGUGUUGCUACUGCCGGAGUUGCUCCUGGGGUUGCAGGCGUGUUGGUGCCUGAGCACCUGCCUGAUGCUGCUACAGGUGGAAUCUCAGGUGGAAUAUCAGGUGUGGUAAUGGGAGGUGUUGCAGGUGUGGAGUCCGGUGGGGCGGCACUUCCAGUGGUUCCAGGUGGUGGUGGUGAAAGUGGUGCGGAUGUAGCUGGAUCAGGUGUAGCGGGAUCAGCAGGUGUGGGGUCAGCUGGUGUAGGGUCAACUGGGUCACGAGAUGACGACAUGCUGAGGGCAUUUGCCACAUCAAAGCAUCGCACCUAUGUGGAUCUCAAGGACAAGUGGAAGACUCUUGUGCACACGGCUCAGAUCGCGCCACAUCAGCGCAGAGGGGAGCCGGUGCCACAGGAGCUGUUGGAUCGAGUGGUGCAGGCGCACAGUUACUGGCAAGAGCAACUGAGAAUCCAACGCGAGGAACGAGACUCCUAA